GUACUUGAGAGUCACGUUGAAAAUGAAUUUAUAUAAAUAAAUGUAUCCGUCCCCUGUUCGACAAGGCGAGUCGACAUGUUUGAGGAAGCAGCAAGAGGCAACAGAGCUUUCAGCUUUGCUUACUGAAUAAUUAAAGCCCCCCCGCCCUGUGAAAGUUAGGCCAACGGUUAUGGUUAUAUCUUCCAAUUCACUUGGAUUAAAAGCAAAACUCUGAGAUUUUUGGUCACCAUCUCAUCUGCUUUACUGCUUUUGUUAGUUGUACCUUUCACCCUUCUUCUUUUGCUUCAUAAUCUUUUCAUUCGCAACUCGAAUCCAUUCAUUUCCUUGCACUCUUUGUGUCCCUUUGAAUCUUAAAUUAAGAAUCCAGGAUUAACGUCGAUGAGUAUUAGGUAUUUCUUGAUGACACCAGAUCAGUUAUGCAACUCUAGCAGUGUAGCCUCUUUUUCACCAGUUUUGCCACGGGAGGCUGUAGAAAACAGAGAUAUAUCAGCAAAUAAUUUGAGAAAUAGGGCUGCCCCUUUUGCUGAUUUCUUGAUAAGAUUAGCCAUGAGAAUAUCAAGAUCAAGGUGUUACAGUUUCUUGAGAAGAGUUUUUCAUUACCAAAAUGGAUCAAGAUUGGAUCUCAGUUCGAAUCCAUUCAAUUCUCGGACUUGGAUGUUGAUAGAAUUUCUUGCUUUAACUUUUCAAAUUACUCUCAUUACAUAUACUCUGAGCAUCUCCAAAGAUGAGAAGCCGGUUUGGCCCAUGAGAUUAUGGGUUUCCGGGUAUGCUUUUGGGUGUUUUCUUAGCCUUAUUCUCCUCAACUGGCGCUAUCUCUUCUUCUACGUAACUCAAAGAAACAACGAUCCCAGUUUUUCUGAUAUUGAACAGCAAAGAAAUGUUCAAGAAUCAAGUUUGCAGAACAUGGAUAAAUGCAGGACAUGGCUUGAGCUUUUAUUUGCAAUAUGGUUUGUGAUGGGGAAUGUAUGGGUGUUCGACUCCCGGUUCGGGCUGUUUCGACAAGCUCCUAAACUUAAUGUCCUCUGCAUUUCCCUGCUUUCUUGGAAUGCUUUCAGCUAUUCAUUUCCAUUCUUACUUUUUGUAUUACUUUGCUGCUGUGUGCCCAUGCUCAGCAGCUUCCUAGGUUAUAACAUGAACAUGGCAUCCCAUGAUAGAGGGGCAACUGAUGAACAACUUGCCAAAUUACCAGCCUGGAAAUAUAAGGAUAUUGGCAACAGUUUCGAUCUUGGGAAUUCGACAAAAGACGAUGAAAAUACAGAAUGCUGCAUCUGUUUGGCCAAGUACAGAGUCAAGGAUGAGAUUAGGCAGUUGCCAUGUACUCAUAUAUUUCAUUUAAAGUGUGUGGAUCAAUGGCUCAAGAUUAUCUCUUGCUGUCCUCUUUGUAAACAUGGACUAGAGAAAUAACCCACAACGAAAAAACGAAAAAUAGCAACAAAAAUCUGUUCUUGAAGAUAUAUAUUUACCAUCGUAUGAAUUUCACAUGGUUUCUAGGCGAGUGAAUUUCUUGUACAUCGUAGCUCACCUUGUACCCAAAAUUUAUUUGCGACGGUCUCAAGGCAAGAGAGAAAUAUGUUUAUGUAAAUAAAAGGGUUCUACUUGAGAAGAAAAAAGUUCUUAUUUUUUUUAUUUUUUCACAAUAAGAAAUUCAUCAUGCCUAUCCUGUAUGUUUUUUCCUUCUCCAGAAGUUGAUAUGUGCUUAAUGGAAAGGAACAUAUUGUGACUUCUA